AUGUGGUUUAUCCUUCUGAUUGCUUUGGGAUUAGGAUUGAAUUGUCCAUAGGUGUUUUAUUUGAGCAACUUCUAAGAACAAGCGAACUUGAUCACCUAUUAGAGUGAUUAUAAUUAUAUUAUGGCAUCUGUCUAAAAUGCAAUAGUUUUUAUUUAAGCUGAGUCAGGAACGCUGAGAUAAUUAAAGCCAAGUAAGUUAAUAUAAGUAACCAGUUGAUGGAUAGAGCGUAACCUUUAUGUAGACCCAACAGGGAUAUUUGUUUGUAGGCAAAACAAAUCAAUUACAAAUUUAUAGUUUAGAUGAAGAUAAUCCAAUACAAGGAUAGUUGUCAUUUUCAGGCAAUAUCAACUAUUUGUAAUAUGCAAAUGAUGUAAUCAGUAUUGCAACAGAUCAAAGCGAGGCUCUGAUUUGGAAUAUGGCACAAAAUAAUAUUUUAGGAAGAACAAAAUGUAAGAGAUUCUAUAUAUUAGAAAUUUAGCAUAAUCUUUAUCGAAUAUAUUAAUAAAUUAUCAAGUUUAGAUCGACUAAUAUGCAGACAACAUCUUAAUUGGGAUUACUAGUGGCGGAACCUAUCAAUUGGAGUACUACUCCUCAUAUAUGUAAUAAUUCUUGUAAAGUUUCACAUUAACUUAAUUUGAUUUAAGUCAAAUGACAUCAACUCAAUAAGAUUAAACCAAUAUUAAUACUUUCUUUUAUGCCGUAUCCUCGACCACUCUGACCAUAUACAAGGUCAAUAAUAAUGCUUAGACAAUUUCACUCACUAGUCAAACUGUUAAUUUAGGGAUAAGUCCAAUAAGCAUGUAUUUGAUUUAGGAUGAGAUCAUCUUCUUCUCUGCUAAUUGCUAGUUUCAAAGAUACAACAUCAAAUAAAAUAGUUUAGGAACUGUCUCUUCAUGGAUUUCAGCUGCUUCUUGUCCAAACAAUAUAAAACAACUGCUUUUUAACUAUGAUGAUCUAAUAAUUAUCAUAUUGAUCAACAAUCCUACUGAUGGAUCAGAAAUGAUUCAAUUAUACUAAGUAGAUCAAAAUCUUAGUGGUACCAAAAUUCGAUCAUUUUAUUACUCCACCUAAAGUAUUAGUGCAUCAUAUAUGUUAAAAUCUUAAUAUGUUUUACAAGUAGGUUCAACCAGCAGCAACAUUCAAGUAUUCAAUCAAUGGUUUUAAUUAUAAUAAAUAAUAACAAUCAAUAAUAACAACAAUCCUGCCAUACAAAUAAUCUAAUCUGAUUUAAUUUUGAUUCUUUAUGCAAAUGGUCUGGUAAUCUCAUUAUCCGAAACAUCAUUCACUUGUCAGUUUACCUAGUAUCAAUGCUAUACAUACAAUUUAUAAACUUAAUUUCAAUCGUAGAAUGUUGCAACCUACACCACUCAAUUGAUCUAAUAAUUUCAGUAUAAUAAUGUAAUCUAUGUGGCUUAUGCUUUGGACCAAGUUAUUAGUUUCUAUAGUUUUACAAACAAUGCCUUUAGUAAUAUUCCCACAAACUAAUAAAAUUUGCAGAGUAACAUUGUGUAAAUGCUGAUCACUAGCAAUUCUAUUUAAGUUCUAUUAUCAAGCAAUUACUUAAAUAGUUAUCCUCUUAGUAUAGCCAUUUAGUAAGAGAACACUCCAGGUUCAAUUAAUUUGUAAUUGCAGAAUGUGAAAUAGGUUACUUAGGAUCAAACUUAUUAAGUGAUUACUAAUGGAUAAGCAAUUCAAAUCAGUUUGCUUAGUAAUCCCUCCAAUCCUGUAGUCUUGCAAUGUAAUUAUCUUCAUUUAUAUAAUCAAAGAGCCCGGACAAUCAUACAAACAAAUUCAAAUUUAUCAAGAUUACUUGUUGGUCUUAGAAUAGCAAUCGUACACGUUGUCAUUUUACUAAUUAAGUUCUCUUAUUCAAUAAAUUGAUCAUGCUGCUUAUGUGAUCAGGACCCAAUAUUUUAGCUAGAAUUUUAUUUUGAAUAAUAACUAUCUAAUUAUCUAGUUUAAACAGUAUGUAAUGACCUUGCAACUGAAUGAGUACUUUUCAAUAUACUCAAAUGGUUUUGAAUGUGAAUUCACUCAAACAUAUAGCAGCAAUGUCUUCUCUUAUAUUAAUACUUAAAUAUCAUUAACCAAUUUUUACAUUUUAUAUUAGACAUUGGAUAAUUUAUUUUCUGUAAGAGGUACAAUAAACAUCAACAAAUAAAACAUCGAUUGGGAUAGAAUCAUCAUAGAUUAGGGGAUCAACCAAAGUGUGAAAUUGUAUUUUAUAGGGAUUUCUCCCUCAUAAUCUAGUUUGAUCAUUAGGAAAAGCAUCGAAAAGUUUAAUGAAGUCCAUUUUCAGGAUCUUACCAUAAUUGUCCCACUUUGUAAAUUAUAUUUCAGCAAUAUCAUAUUGAGUAACAUUGAGAAUUGCUAAAUUACAAAUGCACAAUCAUAGCAAUGCCCAUAUUUAAUUUUGGAUAAUGUGUAUCAACUAACUUUGUAAAAUUUCAAAGUUAAUAAUUUCGAGAUGUCAUACCCAUUAAUUUAAUCAAGCCAAGGAGCUUACAUUCAAAUAGAAAACCUCUAAAUAUCAGGUUCUAAAUUGUAACAGUUAGUGUAAAUCACAGAUAAAACCUCAUUAACAUUAAAUACUAUAACUAUUUCUAAUUCAUAAUGUUCUUCAUCUGCAACCUCAAUGAAUUAAUUAUUCCAAUAUUACUAACUUCAGGCAUCAGAUGUAACUAUUAAUUAAAACCAACUUUGCAGCACAAUCUUUAAUAAUAUAUUAAUAGAAUCAUUACAAUCCAUCUUAAUUAAGUUAACUAAUGUGAUUAUUUAAGAUAAUAGUUUUUCAUCGUAUUUAAAUGCAGCCAUUCUUAACCAACAGUUGAGUAAUCUAUUCUAUCAAUCAGUAAUUACUUUAAAUACAGUGCAACUUUUUAACAACCAGUAUUAAUAAGGUAUCAAUUACGCUUUUAAGUUUUCUUUUGGAAUGAAGAUUGAUGCAUCACACCUCAUCUUGGAUAAUAGUUCAUUUUAUGCAUAAACAUUUGAUUCUAUGACUCUAAAUGAUUUUACAUUUUCAAGUCCAUCCACUUUAAGUCUUGUUAUUUCUGAGAUACCCUAGAUUGACAUAUAAUAUAUCUACUUUGAUCAAGGAACGAUAUAUUAAGAUGGAUUAAUCACAAUAUCCAACCAAAAUGAUUAUGAUUGCUCAUAAGCCAAUUCAUGUAGUAUCUAGAUGUCAUCAGUGAGCAUUUUGAAUUUCAAAAUUACUUCGACUUCUUUGUUAAACACCUGUUAUGGGAUACUAAUUGAUGUCAAAAGCUAAUUUGUUGUUAGCCUAUCAUUUAUUUCAAUUUAGAACCUAUAAUUAAAGUAGGCAGAUUAAAAUUUUAUAGUGUCAUCAACUGGUUUAUAUUUUAAAGGAUUUCAAUCCCAAUUAUCUAUUGAUUCAUCUAAUUUCAAUAACAUUAACUGUAGUAUUGGCACAAGCUUAUUGGUUUUGAAUGCUCAGGCCAUAACCUUAAGUUCAUCAAUUGUAAAUUAUUUUAAUGCUACUGAUUCAACAUAUCAUGGAGUUCAAGAUGUAAUUGGUGGAAUUGCAUAAGUUUCAUGUACCACGCUAUAUGUUUAGAAUAGUAAUUUCAUGUAAGUGUAUUCUUAUAGUGGUUCUGUCUUUUUAAUACAGAUGUUUCACUCAGCUUCAUCUAGCCCAAAAAUCACCUUUACAAAUAACUAAAUCAACAAUGUGUUUUCAUUUGGAAAUGGUGCCAUUUAUAUAGACAACACUUUAGAAAAUACAAUAAUCACCUUAUCCUAUAAUCAAAUCAAUUCAAUAUUCUCUUUAUAAGAAGGAGGCUUUUUAUUCUUUCAAAAAGAAGAAACAACUACUUAUCCAUAUUUAAAUUUCACAAAUGUUGAUGUGUCUAAUAUUUCCAAUGUGUCUCCAUACAAAUUUAACAAAUAAUUAAUCCUCAUAGAAAAUACCUUUUCAAACAUUUACUCCCAAAAUGGAUCCAUUUUUAAAUUAGAGUUAUUCAACAUAACAAUGAAGAACAACACGUUUUCAUACAAUAAUUUAACUUAAACACCUGCAGUCUUUAAUCCUUAUCAAUUAAAUUAAGGUUCCUUAUUCUAUCUUGAGCACUGUGUAUUUAGUGCCAUCUAAUUGAAUAUUAAGAAUAUAUAAUCAUUCUCUACUCAAGCCUAGGAAGGAUAGAUCAUUUAUGCAAACCAAACUUGGAUUUCUAUUUAAUAAAGCAACUUCUCUAACAUUAUUACAAAGAAUUCGCAUUUAAUAUAUUUAAUGGCUUCUUAUCUUAGUGUAAAUACACUAACCUUGUAGAAUAUUAGUCAGAUUGCUUAUAAAUUGAAUUCGAGUUUAAUUUAACUAUAUGAUUCUGCUACUUAUAUGUUAACUCCAUAACUCAAGUAACUAUCUUGUGAUCCUUCUAAUUGUUUAUCAAGUGGAUUUUAUUUAAAGAAUACUCAUUCAUACAUAAAAGGAGGAUUAUGCUAAGGAAAUAAGGGAAACUUUGGGAGUUGUUUUUAUUUGACAUUAAAGGAGUAAUUCGCAUAGUUUGAGAAUGUUAGUAUGAUAAAUAAUUAUGCAUAAUUUGAUGGCGGAUCCAUUCUAGCAGAUUUAUAGAACGUGUCUAAUUUGAAGGUCAUAAAUUGUACAUUCUCUUCGAAUGUAGUUUUAGGGUCAGGAGGAGGAUUAUAUAUCAAUUCAUUUGAUUAAUAAUUCAAAUUAUCGGAAGUAUUGGAUCUUCCAGUAAUUACCAUUACUUAAAGCUACUUUGUAAAUAAUGUCGCCUAUAAAUAUGGUGGAGGAAUAAAGACUUAAGUGUUCUCACCAUUAAUAAUUGGAGUCUAUUACUGGAAUAACAGUGCCUUGGUGGAGGGUGGUGAAAUAAGUUCAUAUCCGACUUAAUUAUAUUUGAGUGGACCCUUAGUAGAUUAAGGAGUGAUUCAAUAGGUAUAUGAUGAAAAACUAUAGCCAGCAAAUGGUUACUUUUUUGUGCAAGAUUCUGAAAAUGGUGAAUACAUUAUUAGUAAUUUCAAAAGUGGAGACACAAUGAAUACGCCCCUAUAAUUAGUAUUGAAAUCUUCCGACAAUAUCACUAUGUACAACGAAGAGUCUUAUUUAAAGAUCUUUCAAACAACUGAUUAAAAUUAUUCAUUAUCCAUUUCCAGUUCUGAUAGUCAAGUGAAAUUUGAUAAAACUGGAUUCUUUCUGGAUGGACUCACUCUGAUUGGAAUACCAAGUACUGAAUUCACUUAUUACUUUACAUCUGACGAAGUUAAGUCGACUAACUAUUUCAAUUAUUAUUACACAAACAAUUACAAUUACACUAUGAAGGUCAUCUUCCGUAAAUGUUUAUAUGGGGAAAUCAAACAGAGUUUUGACAGCCAAACCAUUUGCUAUAAAUGUCCCCAAGGCUUUUAUUCAUUUAGUAUUCCAACAGAUGAAGACCCUGGAUAAUGUUAAGUGUGUCCACUAGUAUCUACCUAUCACAUUUAGUGUUAUGGAGGAGCUGAGACAAACUUAGAAUCCAAUUAUUGGAGAGAGAACAUCACUACAUUAGAGAUCUAUAAAUGCGAUUCUUAAUUUAGCAAUUGCUUAGGUGGAGUCUCUUAAUCUCAAUGUGGUUUAGGGUAUAUGGGAAGGAUGUGCUAAUCCUGUGAUUAUAAUGACAAUUAUGCCAGAGAUACAAGAUCGAUGUGUGUUAUUUGCACUUAAGUAGAAUGGCCACUAGUUAUAAUAUUGUUAACCAGUAUUGGAGUUCUGAUAUAUUUCACUAUGUCCAUCUUCUUUCUGGCUUAAGAUGUUGUCAUCCUAUGUGUAUUGCCAUGCUUAAACUAAUUAUUGCCACCUUUAAAAAAGAUUGGAUCCAACUUAGGAUAAGUCAAAGAUUUGAAUUCAUUAAUGAAAAUAUUCUUGGCCUACUAUUAAAAGACUUCCUUAGUUACUAAAAUAGUUGUUGACAUUCCUUCCUAAUUGCAAGAUUCCCAAGAUCCUUCAAUUUUUGAUUUCUCUUUGGAAUGCCCUAUGAUCAAUGUAAAUAAUUACAUUCCUAUGGUUUAUGUGAAUUACAUUAUCGAAGUAAUGAAGCCAGUAUCAUCAAUGUUAUUUUUCAUGUUCAUAUGGACAAUCCUAUUUAGAAACUAAAAGAUUAAACGAGGAAUCUAUUACACUGCCACUUGGCUAGUCAUCUGGUUGUUUUACUUACCAAGUUUCUAUGAAAAAACUCUUUAAUUAUUGAAUUGCAAAGAUAUUGGAGAUGGCAGGUACCUCAAACCAGAUUUAAACCAAGAUUGCUAUGGCACUUAACAUUUCUUCUAUACUCUUUUUAUAUCCAUCCCAUGUCUAUUUUUCUUUGUCAUUUAUAUCCCUUGCAUGCUCUUAUAUCAUAUUAGAAAUGACAUGAGGAAGAAAGACAAGAGACCACUUAGAAAGUAUAAAUAUUAUUACAUUAAUGGUGAAUUCAGAGAAAAGUAUUAUUAUUGGGAGUUCGUCAGAUUGUUAGAAAAGAUUCUGAUCUAAACAGCUAUUGAAAUCUUCUUUUAUGAUAAUAUCUAUAUGGCAGAAUCAUGUUUAAUUAUAGUCUUGAUUUAUGGAGUUGCAUCAUUUGUGACACAACCUUAUGGUUACAAAAGAUAGAAUUUUGUAAAUGUCAUCUCUAGUUUCACUGCCUUUGGAACCAUUUACAUAGCACUUGUCAUUGCAUCUCUGAAGAAUCAAUUUAGUGAUCCUAAUGAACCGAUCAUCAUCUUUUUUGAAGUUAUAUUGGCUGGUAUCAAUGCAGUUUACGCUUUAUGGAUGGCUUGGAAAUUAUUUAUUGUAUUAAUGCCAGUUUUGUUUGUUAACAUUGAACAAAUUCAAAGAGUAAUUUAUUAUUAAUUCUUAGAAAGUAUCCAAUAUUAAAUAUUUAAGAAAACUCUUCUUAGGAGAGAGACUCAGAGCUAAACUAUUAUUCAAAUAAAUUGGUUAGAAAGUUGUUGUGAUCAAUUUAGUUAAGAAACAUGCCAUGAUGAGAUACUUGAAGAAGGAAUAGAAGGAAAAAUAACUCAUUGAAAUUGUAAUAAUCAUAUUCAAUUAAUUAUAGGAGGAUAAAAUUAGGAAUAGAAAGUAAACAGCAGCAUAGGAGGCAUUAAAUUAUAUUCUAAGGAAUAAUAUACAAUCAUCAGAAAUCAUACAAUUAAAGGAUAACAUUAUCAAUCAAGAAUAUUUGGAAUUAUAAGAUAAUUCAAAAUUAUGA